AUGGAACUUUAUCGAAGUAAUAACUUCACAGGAGAGAAGUUAAGGGAGAAGAAUCUUUCUUGGGUUGAUAUCUUUGAAGAGAUCCCUAUUAAGGUUUCAAAUUCUGCUCUUGUCAAUGCUUUUAUGACUGAGCUUGAGGCAGAUACUCCUGUCACACAGUGUGAUUCUGAAAGGUUGCAAUUGUCAACCAGCCCAUUUUUAGAGAGAAAUGUGGAGUUUCUGAUUGAGUGCAUGGAUGACUUGUCAAUGGAACAACAAAAGUUUCAAUUCUACUACAGGAAUCUUUCUCGUCAUCAAGCCGCACAGCAGGCCUGGCUUCAGAAAAGAAGGGCUGACAACUUGGCUAGGAAAAAUGCCGGGGAAGAACCAUUACCUGAGCAGGAUCCUUCAAACCCAAUCUUCAAACCUCUUCCUGAACCAUCAAGAUUGGAGAGUUUUCUGAUAACAAAUCAGAUCGCCAACUACUGCAACCAAAUUAAUGGAGUUGCUGGACAAAGCUUUAGCAGACUGUACCUCAUGAAAGCCCUUAACGAAAACUAG